GCGCAUGUCAUUCUACAACAUUUACGUUACGCAAAGGAAGAUGGCGACUAGCAGAGUGUUGACAAGGUUUUCGCAAGGGCCGAAGGCUCUUUUUCAGUAUAUCCAGGUUCGCUCUGCACAGAGUGCUGCUGCUCCUGCUGCUCAGGCUGCUGACUUAAAGAAAUUUGAAAUCUACAGAUGGGAUCCCGACAAGCCUGGUGACAAGCCUAGAGUUCAGACAUACCAAGUCGACCUCAAUGACUGUGGUCCCAUGGUCCUGGAUGGUCUCAUCAAAAUAAAAAAUGAAAUGGAUGCGACUUUGACCUUCCGUAGGUCAUGCCGUGAGGGUAUAUGUGGCUCGUGUGCCAUGAACAUUGAUGGCACCAACACUCUAGCAUGCCUCUACAAAAUUAAUGACAAUGCCAACAAGCCAGUUAAGAUCUACCCUUUACCUCACAUGUAUGUGGUCAAGGAUUUGGUUCCUGAUAUGAGCAACUUCUAUGCCCAGUACCGCUCCAUUGAGCCUUACCUAAAGAAGAAGGACGUGAAAGAUGGAGACAUUGGCAAGGAAUCUUACCUGCAAUCUGUGGAGGACAGAGCAAAGCUGGACGGCCUGUACGAGUGCAUCCUGUGUGCCUGCUGCAGCACCUCCUGCCCCAGCUACUGGUGGAACUCUGACAAGUACCUGGGACCUGCCGUACUUAUGCAAGCCUACAGGUGGAUGAUUGACUCUCGAGAUGACUUUGCAGAGGAGCGCAUGGCGAUGAUGGAGGAUGGCUACAGUGUGUACCGCUGUCACACCAUCAUGAACUGCACAAAGACUUGCCCUAAGGGUUUGAAUCCAGGCCGAGCCAUCGGAGAGAUUAAGAAGAUGAUGAUGACUUACAACAAGCAGAAGGCUGCCCAUUGACGUUCUUCGUCCUUGCUGGGAGGUAGACUACCCAAGCAGUGGGGGGCAGGCUAAUGGGCUGAGGGCGCUGUGUCACUUUGUCGCUUAUGUACAUAUGCUUACUGGAGAUGGGCUUUCAUUGGAUGGGGCUAUGAUGAUUCGUGUUGAGGCGCAGAUGACAAGUUUUCCAACCGACACUAGGGUGGAGAAUUUUCUGGAAGUUAGAGGAGCAUUUUUAUAUGUCAAGUUAAUUCUGUAAAGGACACAGUUACAAUCAGCAACUUUUGUAUUUAGCCCUGUUUGUUUGGUUAAGAAGAUCUUCACCAUUCUCAAUGUUGGGUUGAGAAAUUGUGUUUUUUUACAACAAAAAAAUCUUGAAAUGUGAAAUGUUACCCUUGAGUAGGAGAGAAAAAGGCUGUGUAGGAUAACGUUCCCACUUGUUUGUGGAAGAAAGGUGAAGCGCAGACUAUAUGUGUGGAGAGAUCCAUGUGUUUGAUACCACUAAAUAGUCAUUACCAAAUAUUUUGAAAUAUGUAUAUCACUUUCGUAUCUGACAUUUGUCGGAGAAGCUGUCUUUACCACACAGGAUAGCAAGAAUGUCUUAUUAACACAUUACACCCUAAGGGUCUGGACGGGAAGUCCAUUCCUAGAUCCUAAGCAAGAGGAAGGAACCCACCUUCUGUGAAUACAAGUGUUUAAAAGACACAUUUUAAAAAUACGAAACAGAUUCCAAAAAUCUUGAAAAAAUAUAAUGUAGAAAGAGAAUUGAAUGUUGUUUCAGAAAAAUACAACUUUAUGUAUGCGGAAAUUGUUGGAAAUGUUUUAACUUUAGUUCAGUCAGAGUGGUCCGACCUGUCACUGUCACUUUCUGUCUCGCGGUCGGGCCCUAGAUGUAAAUUCGACAUCUGAUAAAUCUGAAUCGCCCCAAACUCUUGCUUCAACGUUUUCAUCAAUAUCUGGUUUAUCAUAUGCUUGUUUUUGCUCAAAUCCAUCGUUAUUUCCUUUUUCAAACUCAGUCAUGUUGCUUUUCAACAAGUUGAGACACCUCGAAGUGUCAGAAAUGCGAUCGCACUUCGAUCGGCUCUAAUUCUAAAACUACUGGCCCAGAAAAUUUCGUUUCAUUAUUAAACAGAAGAAGAAACAAUUUGUAAUAACUAUGUAAAUCAAAAUCUCGGCCCCAGAGACUUCGUUUUUAAAGACCUUAGGCUGUUUCGGGUGUAAGGAAAUUUUCGGGUGAUCCCAGGCGAGUUAGGGUGUAAUGUGUUAUUUAAAUACCCAACAGUUUGGAUUUGUACAUUUUCUGCAGCAUUCUUUUUCCAAAUAGUCUCUUAUGUCUAGUUGUGCAAUCUCACCAGUACCUAUAAAUGAGAGAGAAAAUCAGA